CACUCCUGGAACAACCUGUUCCUCUCUCCUCGCGCUCUCUCCCUCCUCCCCUUCCCGUCCAUUUUUGCUGUGGAGCCCCAGCUGAACCCUCCAGAGAGACACUCUCUGACUCGGUCCCCAGAGGAGAAAAGGGAGGGGGAGGAGGAGAGGAGGGAGCCACAAAGGGCGGAGGCCGGGGAGCUCAGCCAGAGAGGGGCUGCUGGAGGUUGCAUCUGCUGCAAGGAGGCUUUUCUGCUGCCUGGUAACCAGCUGCCAGAACACUGAGAGAGAGAGAGAGAGAGGCUGGGAGUAGGGGCAGAGGCUUCUUGACGUCAGGACCAGCCAAGGGGAUCGGGCCAGCUACCCCAGCCAGCCCAGAGCCAGCUGGGCCCUCAGCUGGAGAGAAGCCCGAAGCAAGCGCUGAGCGUGAGUUGGGGGUGUGGGAAUCGGUUGUCUGGGGCGCAGCAUGCCCCCUGCCCCUGGGCCAUGGAGAUCUCCCUGGUGCCUCUGGAGAACGGCAGUGCCAUGACCCUCAGAGGAGGAGGGGAGGCAGGGACAAGCUGUGCGCAGACCCCCAGGGGAGAGUGUGGGUGCCUUCCGACGCCAGGGCUCAGUAAUCAGUCGGAAGAACCCUCACCGAGGGGGCGCGCCACGCAUGAGGAUGAGGACCAGGGGGGGCGGCCUUUACCCCCUCUGCCUCGGGAGCUGCCACAGCCUAGAGGGCCACCUGCUGAGGAUGAGGAGGAAGAAGGCGACCCUGGCCUGGGCACAGUGGAGGAGGACCAGGCUCCACAGGGUGCAGGGUCGCUCCAUCACCAGCGAGUCCUCAUAAACAUCUCCGGGCUGCGCUUUGAGACACAGCUGGGCACCCUGGCGCAGUUUCCCAACACCCUCCUAGGGGACCCAGCCAAGCGCCUGCGCUACUUUGACCCCCUGAGAAAUGAGUACUUCUUCGAUCGCAACCGGCCCAGCUUCGAUGGCAUCCUCUACUACUACCAGUCUGGGGGUCGCCUGCGCAGGCCGGUCAACGUCUCCCUGGAUGUGUUUGCCGAUGAGAUCCGUUUCUAUCAGCUGGGGGACGAGGCCAUGGAGCGCUUCCGGGAGGACGAGGGCUUCAUCAAGGAAGAGGAGAAGCCCCUUCCCCGCAACGAGUUCCAGCGCCAGGUGUGGCUAAUCUUCGAAUACCCAGAAAGCUCGGGGUCCGCAAGAGCCAUCGCCAUCGUGUCGGUCUUGGUCAUUCUUAUCUCUAUCAUCACCUUCUGCUUGGAGACUUUACCUGAGUUCAGGGAUGAACGGGAGUUGCUCCGCCACCCCCCAGUGCCGCCCCAGCCCCCAGCCCCCGCCCCAGGGGCCAAUGGCAGCGGGGCCGGCGCCCCUUCCUCUGGCCCCACAGUGGCACCACUCCUGCCUAGGACUCUGGCUGACCCAUUCUUCAUUGUGGAGACUACAUGUGUGAUCUGGUUCACUUUUGAGUUGCUUGUGCGCUUCUUUGCUUGCCCUAGCAAGGCAGAGUUCUCUCGGAAUAUCAUGAACAUCAUUGAUAUUGUGGCCAUCUUCCCCUAUUUUAUCACCCUGGGCACCGAGCUGGCAGAGCAACAGCCAGGAGGCGGUGGUCAGAAUGGGCAGCAGGCCAUGUCCCUAGCCAUCCUCAGGGUGAUUCGUCUGGUCCGGGUGUUCCGUAUCUUCAAGCUCUCCCGCCAUUCCAAGGGGCUGCAGAUCCUGGGUAAGACUUUGCAGGCAUCCAUGCGGGAGCUGGGGCUACUCAUCUUCUUCCUCUUCAUCGGAGUCAUCCUCUUCUCCAGUGCUGUCUACUUCGCAGAGGCAGACAACCAGGGGUCCCAUUUCUCCAGUAUCCCAGAUGCCUUCUGGUGGGCAGUAGUCACCAUGACCACUGUAGGCUAUGGGGACAUGAGGCCCAUUACUGUGGGAGGCAAGAUUGUGGGCUCACUGUGUGCCAUCGCUGGGGUCCUCACUAUCGCCCUUCCCGUGCCUGUCAUCGUCUCCAAUUUUAAUUACUUCUAUCAUCGGGAGACUGACCAUGAGGAGCAGGCUGCCCUGAAGGAAGAGCAGAGCAACCAGAGGCGGGAGUCUGGGCUGGACACAGGGGGUCAGCGGAAGGUCAGCUGCAGCAAGGCAUCCUUCUGCAAGACUGGGGGUUCCCUGGAGAGUUCUGACAGUAUCAGAAGGGGUAGUUGCCCCCUAGAAAAGUGUCACUUCAAGGCCAAGAGCAACGUGGACUUGCGGAGGUCCCUAUAUGCCCUCUGUCUGGACACUAGCCGGGAAACAGAUUUGUAGAGAGAAAUCCAGGCAGAUUGGUGACCGUGGAGCUGGGAACAGGGCCGGCCCUCUGGAGCCUGGACAUCUGCUGUUUAUACCACAGAGUAUUCGAAGCCCACCUGAUCACGAUGUCUGGAUGCCUGCCUGCCUGCCUUUCUGCUUUUCACCCUUCCCACCACCCCGCCCUCUAACUUCCCCAUUUUUUCCUCCUCUUUGCAGAACACCAAGGGUCACCUAUUUUUAAGAAGUAUCACAUUCCAUGACGCAGGAGCUGUUGAGAUGGUGGGCCCUGUGAGAUGGAUGUAUUCGUAGCCAGUUUUCUAUACCCAGCAGAGGGAGGGAUAACUCAAACAAAAAUGACUUUAAAUAGCUCGGAUCCCAAGGGAGUCAUAGCCCUCCCUAUCCCUGUGUUCCAAAUUUACUUUACAUGUGAUUAUAUUCGUGUAUGGGGCAAAUAUUUGUAUGGCUGAUGAGUGCAUUUUUGUACAGCGGUGCACAUGAAGAAUUUUUGGGUGUGUUCUUAAGAUAUACUUUGAAUUACAAAAGAGGUGGGGUCAUCUUUUCCUAGGACACUUGGGGCCAGAGACCCUGAAAAAGAUGUUCAGGUUCCUGUGCUAUUGGUGCUUUGUGUCUAGGGUAGAGAAUAUUCUGGAAGACUAGCACAUCUUUUUUUUUUUUUUUGGUUUCCCUUAAACAUUUCUUGUGACAUUCUUCACAGAAGCAUUUUAAUGAUGUUGGAAGAAAACAUUUGGGAAUUCAUUCUUUUCAUUUUGAUACCAGGAAAUAAAAUGCGACUCCGUUGGGCCAA